AUGUCAAAGUAUGGUGCAACAGAUCACAGUGCAGCAGAAACAACAGGUGUCGCCGUUGCAGCAUCAGCAAUUUCUGUUGCAGGCGCAACCACAGCAGGUUAUGUCGCUGCAGCAUCAGCAAGUUCUGCUACAGGCGCAACCACAGCAGUUCCUACCAUCGCAACAUCAACAAGUGCAUAUCCAAAAGUUGCAACAGCAGGUUAUGAUGCUGCAACAUCAGCAAGUUCCUAUGCAGGCGUUGCAACAGCAGGUCAUGUCACAGCAACAGAAUUUGCAGGCAUUGCAACAGAUGAUGCAGGCGUUGUAACAGUUACGGUUACAACAGUUGCAGCUACAACAAUUAGCACUGCAUGUACAGAAUCUGCAGGUGGAACAACAAAGUCAGCAGAUGCAGUUGCAGCUACAACAAUUAGCACUGCAUGUACAGAAUCUGCAGGUGGAACAACAAGGCAGCAGAUGCAGGAAACAAGUGAAAGUUCAGUUGCAACAGCAGAUCAGUCGCAAGAAAGUGUUGCGACAGAUUUAUCGUCGACACCCGGGGGGCUACCUAGUGAUUUUGAUGCUGAAUGUGGCAAGCUUAGGGAAGGCCUGCAGAAAGAGAAAUCUUGUGAGUCUUCUAGCAGCGAUAGUGAUAUCGAAGAGAUUAUUUGUGACAGCUGCGAUAAUUUUUUACCUGUAACUGAUAAUUUUGUUUGUCCAAGUGUCGAUGAAAUUAUGGGCGAUCAGGAGCAAAACCAAGUGGCAAUACCUGAUUCCAAUUUGUCUGUGACAGCUGAACCGGCACAAUGCUUAGUUGCUGAUGUUCUAAAAGAAGCAGCAGUUGACCAACCAGUUGUAGGUUCUAAUGAUGGCUUCCAAGAUCGGCGAUGCAAUAGUAGUGCCGAAUGGUCAAUAAUGCAACAGAUUCUUUGCCGGAUAAGCAGAAGUCUAAUCAUGCCUGGCUUUAUGACAAGAGACGUUCUGCCAAUAGAAGAAGCAAGCGGAAUAAAGGGACGUCAAUACCGCAUGGUUUUCACUUUAGAAAAGAAACAUUCCGCAAGAGGUCAGUCAAAGAUGCUUACACCUUCCGCUAUGCGGCCUAGCAUAAUCAAGGCCUUUGAGGCCAAGGUUGUCGAUUCUAAGUCUAGCAAUGCGUCGGCUAAGAUCAAUAAUAAUGUAAUUAUUCAGGGUGCAGCCGACCAAGAGGAAGAAACUGCUGUUGCAAGGUCAAAGGGUGAUGUUAAGGCCGGCGACGAUCAAGUAGGUUCUGUUGCAGAUUCUAGUAAGUUGUCAAUGAUUAAUGAAGAAGUUGAAAGUAUCAGUGCAACAUCAAGUUCUCAGGUUCAGAAUGAAAGUGGGUGCCAAAAUAGUAGUACUCCUGCACAUAAUGGUCAGUUCCAACAAGAUCAUAAGGGUCGUCGCGAUAAUUUUGCCAACUAUACAUGGCGUCAAUGCAGUUCAAGAAGUUUUGGCACAACAAGUGAUUUUCAAAGGAUAUGUCCCACAUAUCGGCGAAGUAAGCAUGCACCUCAUUUUAAUCAUUAUGUUCCUCAUUUUGCAUGGGUACCGUGUUACUUUAUUGUUCCCGAAGGUUGGCAUUAUGUCGAUGUUAGUGCCAUGCCAAAUGCAUAUUUCUGGUGA